UACAGCUCGCUCUCAUCACCAGCACAACACUCCGGACUGCACUUUGCGCUCAGUACAGACGAACGACAGUGGAACUGAGUGACUACAUUAGAGAGACAGGUUUUAGUCAUUUUGUCCGUUUUACGACUAGGUCACAUCCUUGAACCAUAGACUACAAGAGGCACGUAUAAGUUUAGUUUUCUCAUUCAUUUUAAUGUCGUUACUCCGUUUUCUUAAUUUCUGCAGUAGCUAUACACAUGCAGUGGCUGAAUAGACGUGGAUACAAAAUAAUCAAUUAACGGGAUCCGCGGGAGUAAGUGGAUUUGGAGUUAUAAUUGAAACGAUUCCACCGUUUUUAUAUAUUUCCUUUUGCAGUUAGUAGGAUCCUACCACCUGUUAACAACUUAUUAAACAAUGGAUCAGGUACCGGCAAACAGGUGUUAGAACUAUUUGGCAAAUUGUGUCUGUAAUUUAGUCUAAUUGUAUAGGUUGUUUUGUUUGAAUUUCUUGUUUUACAAAACCGUUCGGACAACUUGGUAAGACACAAAGUUAAUUUGGACUCUUAUCUCCCUCUUUCACCGAUUCCUCGUGAAUUUGUGAACCUGGAUCCAGUUUCAAGGUCAUCCCAAAGCUCACUGCUGAAUCAAAACAGCAGAUAUAAGGUUUUAGGUCAUCGUGGGUGCGAGCGUUAACAUGCAGCUGACGUACCGUGUGCAAACGGCCCGACUUUCCCCCGUCUCCGUGGCGACCGGCUCGGCGUCCCACUGACAGCGGAGGGGCUGGACUCGGCGGAGAUGGUGUUCCGCAUGCAUGUGGCUGAAAUGAACUGCUCCUCCCGUGAUCCCGGGGUUGUGACGCUCCGCCAGGCCCCCGGCUGGCCCCCGGGCAACGGCAGCUGGGAAGCGGCGGCGGCGACUUUCGCCCCCGGCAACGGGAGCGCGGGCGGCGAGGAGCUGCCCACCUUCUCCACCGCCGCCAAGGUGCGCGUGGUCAUCACCUUCGUCCUGUGCGUGAUCUCGGCCGUGGGCAACUUGGCGGUGCUGUGGGCCGCCAGCACCAGCCACAAGCGCAGGUCCCACGUCCGCAUCCUCAUCAUCAACCUGACGGUGGCCGACCUGCUGGUCACCUUCGUGGUGAUGCCGCUGGACGCCGUGUGGAACAUCACGGUGCAGUGGCUGGCCGGCGACGCUGCCUGCCGGAUGCUCAUGUUCCUCAAGCUGCUGGCCAUGUACUCCGGGGCCUUCGUCACCGUGGUGAUCAGCCUGGACCGGCAGUCCGCCAUCCUGGACCCCCUGGCCAUCAACGAGGCCAAGAAGAAGAACAAGGUCAUGCUGGCCGUGGCGUGGGCCAUGAGCGCGUUCCUGUCCGUCCCGCAGAUGUUCCUGUUCCACAACGUCACCAUCACGGUCCCGGACAACUUCACGCAGUGCUCCACCCGCGGUAGCUUCACCGAGCACUGGCAGGAGACCGUCUACAACAUGUUCACCUUCUCCUGCCUCUUCCUGCUGCCGCUGGCCAUCAUGAUCUCCUGCUACACCCGCAUCCUGAUGGAGAUCUCCAAACGCAUGACCAAAGGGAAGGCAUCUUCCAAGGAAGUGCAUCUCCGCCGCUCGAAGAACAACAUUCCCAAAGCUCGGAUGAGGGCUCUGAAAAUGAGCAUCGUCAUCGUUGUGUCCUUCAUCGUCUGCUGGACGCCGUACUACCUGCUGGGCCUGUGGUACUGGUUCUUCCCCGAGGACCUGGAGGAGACCGUGUCCCACUCGCUCACCCACAUGCUCUUCAUCUUCGGCCUGUUCAACGCCUGCCUGGACCCCAUCACCUACGGCCUGUUCACCAUCCACCUGCGCAAGCGCGUCAAGCGCUACUGCCACAGCGCCACCGUGCUGGUGGAGUCGGAGAACAACACCGACGUCACCGGCUCCUUCCGGUGCCCCGCCUCCCCGCUGCGCCAGAGGCGGGAGGGGGGGCAGGGCCAGGAGAGCUUCAGGGGGGCGGGGCAGGAGGAGAUGGACAGGAAGCCCAGCUGCUACGGCAGCUACCUGACCGUCCGCAGGAACGGAAGGGAGGAGCCCGGCCAGUCCAGCCCAGAUAGCAUGAUAUGAAGGGCGGGGCGCUGUACAGGACGGGCGCACUGGAGUUACGUUCCACCGGCAGAAUAUUUAACACUGUCUGACUGGCAGCCUGCCCAUCAGUAAUGGCCUCCGAACGUGUCACACACGUGACUGUCAUGAUCAACACACUGGAAAUUUAUUAGCGCAAUAGGGCCAAUGAGCAGCGAGUGUCACAGCGACCGUGAGAAUCCUGAUCCCCGAGGCUUCCGCUCAAUCAUGGUCCCCCCGAAAGCUGACAAAUCAUAAUUAAUGCAAUGGCUGCUGGAGGCUGACUCCUGAACUGUUAAUGAGACACCAAAAAAGUGACUUCUCCCACAGUGUCAGGAAAGGAGGGGGGUCUUUCGUGCAACGGCACCUGGAGACACACAAUUCCCGUGGUAAUAGACAGGAGGGUACAUCAGCCACAGCAUGAGA